AUGAUGAAACCAAACAAAACCGUUGAUGGAUUAGUUAAUGAAAACAUCUCUUUAAAAGAAGAAAACAAAAGACUUUUAAUGUAUUUGGCUGAAUUGAAACGUAUAGUCGAAGACAAAGAAUCUCUUUUAGCCGCAUCUGAAACAAUUCGUAAGGAAGAGAAGGAGAAGAGCCAGAGGGAUACAUUGAUUCGUAUAGACUUAGAAAGUGAAGUUGCAGUUCUUAAAAUGAACACAGAGAGACGUGAAAAGAAACUCGUAGAAGGAAAAGAUGAGCUUGCAGUUCUUAAAAUGAACACAGAGAGACGUGAAAAGAAGCUCGCAGAAUUUAGUCACGAAAAUGCAGAAUUGAAAUACGUAAUAAUUGAUAAAGAAAUAGAUAUUAAGAACCUAGAAAGCAGGGUAAACCAACUCAUCAAGUCUAGAGAGGAACAAAAUGUUAGUGAAAACAUUGUGGUAGUAGAGAACCAAGUCAACAAGACUAUUAGCCGUAUGAAGUUGAAGAACGAUGAUAUUGAUGAUAUUUGUAAUAUCAUUUGCAAUAGUACAGUCGAGAAAUAUGGUGAACGUGCUUGGUUCCAUCUAAAUAAUUAUGGCUACAGUAAAAUCGAAGAGAAACUCGAACAGCUAACCCAAGUAGUGUUUUAUAAUAAGGAAAGUUGUAUCAAGUUUAGAGAUAUCACUAGGGAAUAUAUCGUUAACAAUGGAGGUCAAAUGGAAUGGAACGGUUACGUCAAAUAUAUGAAGGAUCACGACAACAAGGCGGAGCGUGAAAACAAGUUAAGAAUGGGUUUGAAGGAGGCCAAAGGAAAGAUUGUUUGUGGAUAA